AUGGCAGCAAUGAAAUCCGCCUUGUCUAAGGAUCAGGAGAAGCAGCUCCUCUCUCUUCUCGGUCGUGUCAAACUCCAUCUGCUCCACAAAGCCAGCAUCCAUGGGUUCACUGCUGAUGUCUUCCACAGACACUGUGACAAUCAAGGGCCCACUGUUAUUGUAGCCUACAAUGCUGCCGGGUUCAUCUAUGGAGCUUACACCUCCAAAGAUUACACUCAAGGUGGAGAGGGUGUCAAUGAUGAGAAGACAUUUCUCUACAGCAUCAGUGCUGAGAGAAACAAACCACUGAGGGUAGCAGCUAUCAGUGGGCAGUGUGCUUUCACUGAUGGAGGCACCGGUCCAAAUUACGGUGCUCUGGUUUUCUUGCAUGAUGACAAACCUGAAGUGCAGUCAAAUCCAGGCACAGGCUUCAACUUUCAGGCUGCAGAUAUGCAUGGAAAUGACUUGACACUGACAGAGUUCGAGGUGUAUCGAGUUGAAGACCUAGAAGAUCUCUUGCCCAAGCCCUGGAGGAACAUCGAAUGGACAGCUGAACAAAAACAGCAACUGAUGAAGGCCAUCCUGAACUAUAAGCCUGACAUCAAAACAGUACACCAAGCCCGUGUGUUGUUGGUAGGCCCGAUUGGAGCAGGCAAGUCCAGCUUCUUCAACUCCAUCAACUCAGCAUUUCGGGGCAACAUGACUUCCCAGGCCAUCGCUGGCACAGCGGGGGCGAGUGUGACCACUCAGUUUCGCACUUACACCAUCAAGGCAGGGAAAGGUGGUUGCGUUGUCCCCCUGAUCCUCUGUGACACAAUGGGGCUGGAGGAAAAUGGUGGUUUGGACAUUGAGGACUUGGUCAACAUCUAUAAAGGUCACAUCAAGGAUCGCUACCAGUUUAGCACAUCUGGCCCUAUCCUAACAGAUGCUCCUGGCUAUAAGAAGCAUGUGACUCUGAGUGACAGGAUUCACUGUGUGGUUUAUGUGGUCGACACCUGCAAGGUCUCUAUUCUCAGCCAAAAAAUGCUGGAAAAACUUUGUGCCAUCCGGAGAAAGACUAAUCAGCUGGGAAUUCCUCAGCUGUUGCUGAUGACUAAAGUAGACGAGGCCUGUCCACUGGUGGCGGAAGACUUGAAGAAUGUUUAUCGCAGUUUUUACAUCCAGAAGAAGGCGCGUGAGCUGAGUGAGUCUCUGGGCAUCCCGUUAUCCUGUAUACUGCCGGUGAAGAACUACAGUGAGGAGCUGGACCUGGACCAGGACACUGACACUCUACUGUUUGGUGCUGUGCAGCACAUGCUGAACUUUGCAGACAGCUUUUUUGAGAACCAGGCUGAAAUUCAGGAAGGGAAUGAUCAGAUGGAGCUUUACAGAUCCAGUGAUAUUUCCCGCCCUGAUUAUCGAGAACAGAAAGAACAUCAGAUUAUUUGA